UACCUCAUCUAGCUUUUCGCUCUCCUUCCCCGUCUCUCUCACCCCCCCUUCCCUACAUAGCCACCUCGUUGUUGUUGGAUUUUCGUGCGUGUUCAGUGGUCAGAAUGGCGUCGCUUGGCCUCCUACUGCUCAGUGCCGCACUGCUCCACGCCGCUCAGUGUGCACUUGCAGCUCGCAUAGGAGUCGGCCGUCAGAACCCGUUGGCCUACGACGAUGACCGUGAUGAGAUGAUGUCACAUCCGGCCUACUACCGGUCAGGUGGCUGGAGUGGGCCCAGCUUGGAGCAGGCCCUUCAACGAUUGGUGGAGAGGGCUCAGAGACGGGAGCAGGAGGAGGAGCAGCGAACAGCGUCCUUGGCAUCUUUGCUUCGCCUCCUCGCCCAAGCUGGGGCUGCCCAAUUGGUUGCUCCUGGGGAUGUACAGCUGGGAGAAGGGGAUUUCCAGGGCCAGAACCAGGGCCGAGGUCCAAGUCGGGGGAGGCCCCCUGCGGCCUGGUGGACACCUCAGGUGCUUCAGGCCCUGCUAGACAGGGUGGAGCCACAAGUAGGUGGAGCCCAGGCGGCAAAGACAAGGCUUGAUCGAUUUCGGGGUGAUGACUACGAAGACAUCAGCGAUGACGAUUUGAGACGUCUACUUGCCAGGAUCCUUCCAAUCCUCAAACCCGACUAUGCCCCCUCCAACCGGCGCACACGGCGGGAUCUGUCUGUCACAGAGACCGCUGGAAGCGCCCACAAGAGAAGCCGCCGCUCCCUUGGUGAUGAUGCCUUGCCACCAUCCGGCAACGAACCACUGCUCAGGGUGAAGAGGCUGGAUGAGGAUGAAGAGGACGGGCAGCAACUUGACACGGUGGCUAACGUGCAACAUGGCGCCCGACGCCGGAGAGCCGCUCGGAACCACGUGCUGCUUCACCAGAUUGUCAACCACAUGAGGAAGUAGGAAAGGGAAUGUUGGAAGUGGUGUUGAGCAGAUUCAUCUUUAUUGUCAUGAACAUAUGCCUAUUCAAGAAAUGUCCUCAUCAUAGGGUCAUUGCAAAAUGUUACUAUAUCGGUGGGAAAGUUCUUAAAUGAAGCCUGAUUAUCGGUAGGUGUGUAUCCCACUUCAAUCAUUAACAGGACCAGCGGGGGGGGGUUACUUUUAACACACCCCACACAAUAAAACAAUCAAGAGUCCUCUUUAACAAGUUGGCCUUUGCUGAAUUUGAUCAAAAGUAAAAAAAAAAAACUCAAUUACAAAGAAAUAUCUAAACCACACCACAGAAUAAUCUGGAUCAUCUUCAAAGAUAUCCGCCAAUCAGGCUUUUACUG